AUGAAGGUUGUAUACGUCGUCCUCAGUGUUCUCCUCAUGUCCAUGGUCUUGGCUGUUGAAGUGAGUGUUUGUUUCGUAGGAUUACUGUAACUUGUAGGCCACUUUUGUUGAUUUUCGGUACUCAUUGAUUCUAGAUUAAAGUCUAAUAAAUAAUUAAAUAUAUUUUCCAAUGCAGGCCCACCAUCACUCCGGCCAUUCUGGCUCCGGCCACCCACCUCACCGUCGUCCCCACCGUCAUCCUCACCAUGGCUCUGGCUCCGGAUCUGGCCGUUUUCCCCACCACGGUCCCCAUCACGGCCCUCGCCCCACUGGUCCCCCACGUGGAUUCUUCCAGAAACUGAGAGACAUUGUCCAUCUCUAA